GCGGAGCAGCCAGCGGAGCGGAGGGGAGCUGAGCGGGGAAGCCUCCGGAGCGCCGCCGCAGCCGAGCGGAGCGGGCCGUCCGGGCGGCGGCCGCCUUGGAGCUCUUGGCGCUGGAGGAGUGCUAAGAAUGAAGAGUCCUGAUGUUGCUGCAGUUACAGUGCAGACUCCUUCUUAAAGCGAAGGCCACCAGUGUUAGCACUCUGAAAUUAGAAGGUCUGAUGUGGGACAUUGCAGACUUCCAGUUCCUUCCAUACCAACUUUCAUGGUCAAAGGGUUUUCCAGGCUGCUGAAGGCACAGUGGAUGCACUAGGAUGGACACAGAGGAGUUCCCUCCCCCACCACCAGAAGCCAGCGCCGGAAGUUGUAGUUCCUCUGCCCCUGGGAAGGAAGUCUGGCUUGAAUCUGCGGUUCUAGAGCAUGAACCAAAACCAACAGAUGCGAAUGAUGAAGAGGAGGAUGAGGGAGAACAGUUUGACUUUGACAGUGGAGAUGAGAUACCAGAAGCAGACAGGCAAGCUCUUGUGCCACCACCUCCUGGUCCUGGAAAUAACAUAGAGCAUCAACAGGCUAAUGCCACAGGGACUGAAAAUUUAGAAAACAGCAAGAAGCCACAGACAUCAGAACCUGCUACAGAAGGUGCUCCAGCCAAAGUAAAUCCCUAUUCAGUCAUAAACAUUUCACCAAUCGAAGACAAAGAUCCACCCUCAUCUCCAGAACCAAAUCCUCAAGAUGAAUGUGCAAGUCCAAACUUGUCUGGCGGGUAUUCUGUUCCUGUCCCCUGUGGCUAUGCCGUGCCAUCUAAUUUACCUUUGAUACUGCCAGCAUACUCCAGCCCUGUCAUAAUACGCAGUGUUUCUGUGGAUGAAGAAGCAGGUAUGCAGUCAGCAACUGAAGAGUGUCAUUGUAAUUCUGUAAACUCAGAGGAGCCUCAAAAUAGUGAAGAUAACCAGGCCAAGAGUGAGGAUGAUGCUCUGGCCAAGUGGGUUGCAGAUCCUGCAAAUACAGCGUGGAUGGAAAAUCCAGAUGAAGUAAUUUAUGAUGAUGUUCCAAGGGAAACUUCAGACUCUGAACCAGAGGAAAUGAUUUAUGAUGAUGUUGAAAAUGGUGAUGAUGGUGGAAACAGCUCACUGGAAUAUGGGUGGAGUUCAAGUGAGUUUGAAAGCUAUGAAGAACAGAGUGAUUCUGAAUGUAAAAAUGGGAUUCCCAGCUCCUUUUUACGAGGCAACCACAAGAAACAUCUUUCUCAUGACCUAACGCGUUUAAUGGAGCAUUAUGAAAAAAAGAUGAAAGAUUUGAUGGCAAACACUGUGGGAGCAGUAGAGAUUCAGCAGCUAAAGCAAAAACAUGAGCUGAAGAUGCAAAAGCUUAUGAGAGCUGCUAGAGAAGGUACCAAAGAUGGGCUUGAAAAGACAAAGGCAGCUGUGAAAAAGGGUCGUUCUUUCAUUAGAACAAAAUCUUUCAUUUCUCAAGAUCAUAGAUCAUCAUGUCUGGAAGAAGAAGAGAUAAAUUUAUUUAUUGAUGUGGACUGUGUGCAUACAGAAGCAAUUAUGACUCCUAUGCCUGAAGGAUUAUCACAGCAGCAGGUUGUGAGAAGGUAUAUUUUGGGCUCUGUAGUUGACAGUGAGAAGAAUUAUGUGGAUGCGCUCAAAAGAAUCCUGGAGCAAUAUGAGAAGCCUCUAUCAGAUAUGGAACCAAAAUUAUUGAGUGAAAGAAAACUCAAAAUGGUUUUCUAUCGAAUUAAGGAAAUUCUUCAGUGCCAUUCAAUGUUUCAGAUUGCGCUGGCGAGUCGUGUAUCUGAGUGGGACUCUGUUGAAAUGAUUGGUGACGUCUUCGUGGCUUCAUUCUCUAAAUCUAUGGUAUUGGAUGCAUACAGUGAAUAUGUAAACAACUUCAGUACAGCAGUAGGGAUUCUGAAGAAAACAUGUGCCACCAAACCUGCCUUUUUAGACUUCUUAAAGCAGUGCCAGGAGUCAAGCCCUGAUCGAAUUACACUGUAUGGUUUAAUGAUGAAACCUAUCCAGCGCUUUCCACAGUUCAUUCUACUAUUGCAGGAUAUGUUGAAGAACACUAAUAAAGGCCAUCCUGACAGGUUACCUCUACAGAUGGCUCUUACAGAACUUGAAACACUAGCAGAGAAGUUAAAUGAAAGAAAAAGGGAUGCAGAUCAGCGCUGUGAGAUAAAACAAAUAGCAAAAGCAAUGAAUGAACGUUACCUGAACAAGCUACUCAGCAGUGGAAACAGAUACCUCAUACGGACUGAUGAUAUGGUUGAGACGGUUUACAAUGACAAAGGAGAAAUUGUUAAAACCAAAGAACGACGACUUUUCAUGUUAAAUGAUGUGCUGAUGUGUGCCACAGUAAAUAUUCGCUCUUCCUAUGAAAGCAGUGGCACUGUGACAACCGGACAGAGGUAUUUAUUGAAGUGGAGUGUACCGCUGGGACAAGUGGAAGUCAUAGAGUAUGGCAGCAGUGAGGGCCAGGGAGAGAACUGCAGGUUUCCACCUCAGCACUCUGUGGAAAAUGUCGUCAUUAACUCUAAGCCAAACAAGCUCUAUAUGGGACCAGGGCAACUGUACCAUGAUCUACAGAACCUUUUACAUGACUUGAAUGUAGUUGGUCAAAUUAGUCAAUUAAUAGGCGGCCUUAAAGGAAACUAUCAGAACUUAAACCAAUCUGUAGCCCAUGACUGGACCUCAGGUUUACAAAAACUGAUUUUGAAAAAAGAAGAUGAAAUCAGAGCGGCAGAUCGCUGUAGAAUUCAGCUGCAACUCCCAGGAAAACAGGACAAGUCUGGGCGGCCCACUUUCUUUACAGCUGUUUUCAAUACAUUUACCCCUGCCAUCAAACAGUCCUGGAUCAACAAUUUACAAAUGGCUAAACUGGCACUCGCGGAGGACAACCUGUUAGGUUGGUUCUGUGUAGAAGAUGAUGGGAAUCAAAUAAAAAAGGAUAAGCAUCCUCUCCUUGUUAGACACAUGCCAGUGAUGAUGGCCAAGCAACAGGAGUUUAAGAUUGAAUGUGCUGCUUAUAAUCCUGAACCAUACCUCUCUGGUGAAACGGAAUCAGAUUCCAGUGCCAUGGAACAUGGUUUUCUUUGGAUUGGCAGUUGUACUAAUCAGAUGGGCCAGAUUGCAAUAGUCUCAUUUCAAAGCUCCAGCCCCAAGGUUAUUGAGUGCUUCAAUGUGGAGUCACGGAUUCUCUGCAUGGUCUACAUACCAGAGGAGGAGAAACUGAAAGAACAAAAUAAGGCUCCCGACUCUGAAAAUGUUCUUGCAAAAGCUUCUAAUGUGCCUACUAUUUGCCUUGGCAUGGAGGAAGGAAGCAUUUCUAUUUACAAAAGUUGCCAAGGCUCAAAGAAAAUUCGACUUCAACACUUCUUCACUCCUGAAAAAUCAACUGUUAUGAGUUUGACAUAUAUGUCUCAAUACUUGUUUGCUGGCUUGGUGAAUGGAAACAUUUCAAUCUACACAAAAGCAGAAGAUGGGACGUGGAACACGGAACCACACAAGAUAGUUAAACUGGGAGUUCUGCCUGUUAGAAGUCUGCUUGUGAUGGAGGAGACUGUUUGGGCUGCAUGCGGUGGACAAAUUUUUAUUAUCAGCACUGUGACACAUUCUAUAGAGAGCCAUUUUGAAGCCCAUCAAGAGGAAGGGAUGGUAAUCUCUCACAUGGCUGUUGCUGGAGUGGGAAUCUGGAUUGCCUUCACGUCUGGAUCUACGCUUCGCCUGUUCCACACUGAGACACUGAAACACCUCCAGGAUAUUAACAUUGCCACACCUGUUCACAAUAUGUUGCCAGGCCAGCAGCGGGUUUCUGUGACCAGCCUCCUGGUGUGCCACGGUUUACUGCUGGUUGGAACCAACCUGGGUAUCAUUGUAGCCUUACCAGUGCCACGCUUGCAAGGGAUUCCCAAAGUAACUGGAAGAGGAAUGGUGUCGUAUCAUGCACACAAUGGCCCAGUCAAGUUUCUUGUAACAGCUACAUCUGUAAACAAGAAGAACAGAAACAAAUUGAGGAACAGCCUGCCUCCUGGCUCAGAACCUAAAGAUGACGACCAAAAGAACGUCCUGCACAAUGAAAGACCAGGCUCUUCCCUUAGUAACAUCCAUGAUACUGCAAUUUGGCUGGGGGGUUCAGUAGGAUCCAUUGCACAAAAAAGUGACUUGUCGUCAUCUUCUGGGUCCCUUACUUUGUCUCAUGGGUCAGGUUCCCUAGAACACGGGCCAGAGGACAGUAACAUUUAUGAGCUUUUGAAGGAUCAAAAUAUCUCAUUGAAAAGUAAAAGACAGAGAUCCAAGAAAAUGAAAGCAAGUUCAGUAUUAGUCAUUUCUGGUGGCCAAGGACACAGGAGAGUGAACAAGAAGACCAAGCAGCAGCGACAAGAUGAACUAGUGUCUUCCGUGAUGGUCUGGCAAAUCCCACUAUUAAACAUCUAACUGAACUAAAUCCAAGACACUUUCUGCUAUUAAAAAAAAACCAACAAAGUCUUUCACAGCAAAUGCCUUCUUAGGACCCAAAUGGAUAGACUUUGUACACCUGGGAGCAAUUGCAGUAGGCCUUGAUCACAGGAUUAAGGGUUGCAACACAUACUUAGAACACUCCGCAGUGUUAGGGUAUUGGAAAACGUUAAGCUGUUUAUCCUGUCCUUGUUACUUAGAACAAAAAGAUCUGUUAGAUGCUUUUAAAUGGUUUUAGAAUCUCUACCUUAUUUAUAUUCACAUUUAUAAAUAUCAUGAUAUGUUCUAUAGCACUUGGGGAAGGCAAGGAACACAUGCCAUGUCUCAUGCUAGGUUUCGCUUAUGUAAAUGGGCUAUUGUUUCUUUUUCCCAAAAUAACAUAUUGCAUGGACUAUAGAUUUUAAGAAAUUAGCAAAUAUUUUUAAACAAUAAAGAAUGCGAGCUAAUAUUAAUGUGGGAAUUACUAUAAUAGUUUGUAACACUGUUCCACAAGCCAGAGUUUAGUCUGGACAAAAGCAUUUAUAUUAAUUGAUGGGUAUUUGUUUAUUUCAACAUAGAAAAUAGAUUCAUUAUUCCUUCUAAUGCUCAGUAUUAUUAAAAAUGUUGCAGUACAAAAAGCACAUUAAUUUUUUUGAUAGGUGCGAUGUGUCUGUGAUUUGCCUCUGUUUACGCAGUGAGAGUUCUGAGGACGCUGUGGCUUAAGGAAAAGAGAAAAUACAUAUAGGGGAUGGGAGCGCUGCUGGUGCACUCUCCCUCUGGCAGGUCCUUAUCAGAGCUUGGAAGGGACCUCAAAAGAUCACCUAGUCCAACCCCCCUGCAAGAGCAGGACCACUUAGAGGAGGUCACACAGGAACUCAUCCAGUAAAUUAAUAAUGAAAUUAUUAAUUAAAUCAUUAACUGGGUUCUAUAGGGAGUGUAGGUAAUCAUUCUGGGUGUAGGUCCCCCAUCAAUUGAUUUGUGCUGUGUCCUCAAGCAGACACCUGUCAAAUAAUGAUGCAGUGCCAGAGAUAAGGUCACCUCUGAGUGGUGUUCACCUCCUUGAGUUUCAGCAAACCACAGUCAUGUAAAUGGAUAUUGUGAAAAUAGCUUGCACAGCUUCAUUUGCUCAGUCAGGCAAGUGGUUGUUUUUGUAGUGUUAGAGGACUGAAUUCUAAAUAAAGGCCUAAUUGUCAUUUCUUAGUGAGUUGAUGUAUUUCCAAAGGAAACUUUGAAUUUGGCAUUCCUACUGAAAUUGCUUUCUGUGCUGGUCUCUGCGCUCGUGAAAUGUAAACCAAAGCCUUCAUCUCAGAAAGAUGUUGCCGGCAAUGGUGAUGAGACACAUCGUUCAAACUAUGUUUAAUAGAGGUAACAUGGAAUGGAGUCACUGGGAACGUUCCUUUCCCUUGUCAACAGACUGAAAGAUACAGAGAAGUUAGGACAAUUGAGUUCCAGUUUAAUAUAUUAAGAACUCUACUACUGUGCAUCAGUUCAGUGAAAUGUAAACCACAUAUAUCCAAAGCAGAGCGUUUGUCAGGUGUAUGCAUGGACUAGAAUCAAGUAAAACUUUCGGCUACUUUGGUACUGUUCUUAUCCCAGUAAGGGGGUAGUUUGCCCUGAAAUUAUUUCUGCUGUCUCUGUUUCAACAUCCAUGAUUUCACUGUGUUUUGUUUCAAUCUGCCUAGUUUAAAUCAACAUCAACCAUAGUUAUGGUGCUUUCUGCAACUUGUAAUUUCAAGGUAAAUAGUACUAGACUGAAUUGUUUUGUUUGAUUGUAAGAUAAAGUGUUGUUUUUUUUUCAAAAUACCAAUAGGGGUUUUUUUUCAAAUAUUGCUGAAAUUUAUUUUCUGUAUUUUGUAGUAGAUUUGUGUAUCUGUUACAUUUUCUGUGUGUCUGCUCUAAAAAUCAAAUCUCUGUUAAAGUGACCCCGAAACCAUGGAUAACUUACCAAAUCUGACAGCACCAGAAAAAUGUCAGGCCUCCCCUGGCACCAAGUAUACAGGACAGAGGGAAUGCCAGUGCAGUCAGGCUUGCUCUGCUAGGUAGCACCAAAUCAGGCAUUUCAAAAAUCAGACUUGCACCCCAGUUUCUUUUCAGAGGUUUUGCCGACAUAAUAUAUCCUGAACAGAACAGGAUUCUUGAGACAUCAUAGUGUGAGCUUCAAUGAGUCACGGAAGACACUUGUUACAGAUGGGAUUGUAGGCUUAGGGUCUUCAUUCCUGGCCUGUAAUUUGCUGUGUAUCUUGCAACUGUAGUAGGGUGGUGUCAGCAUUGGCAUGGGCUGAGUGUUGCCAUGACUCCUGGUGGGACAAAAAGCCAAACCAAAGAGAGUGCCUCUAAGCUAGGCAGCUGGCAACACUUUCCCAAACUACUACUUCUCCCUGGCCUACUGCCUGGCCUUGCCUGGCUUUGAGGGUUCAAGGCCACUUAUCCAUAGCUAUGGCCCGAGGAGCUGCUCUUUGCCCACUGAGGGGAAGUACUACACUGUACAGUUUAAUAUAUAUAUAUAUAUAUAUAUCUCAAAAGAGAAGUUAAAAGGUUCUUCUGUGUAUAAAGCAUAUUUAGUCUAGUAUCCCUUUGCCACAUUGCAGUAAAAAAGAUCACAGGUUUUAUUAUUCCAUGUGCUCCUUGAGUGUGGGAUUCCACAUCUGUGCCUUAGAGACUGGGAGAUCAUGUCCACACUCUCAUGAGCCUUUAUCACUAAAAGUAGUAAGCAGGGUCCCUCACAUGUUCAACUGGAAAUGCAUGCAUAGUGUUAUUACAGGAUCUGCUAGCAGUAAUGCAUGAGACUUUUGAAGUUAAAUUCAUUCUAUCUUCCAGAUGAAAUGUAUUUUUUUCCAGUUUUAUCAAUAAAAUAGCAGAACGGAAGUAAAACUCUGCUCUUCUGAAAGUAUCUCAGAGUUUUGUCAGUGACUUCAGUCACAAUAAAACCGAGUCCCUCAUUUACAUUAUACUAUUUUCAAAACGUGUGUCUAUCUUACUCAGCUCUAAAGCAAAAGAGAAGCUGUAUGUCUGUCUUUAAAAAUACACGUUGUCAUGAACUAGGUUUUUAGUAACUGAGUACAAGGUGCAAUGUUUGUUUUCUGAUAUGCAGUGAACUGUUACUACCUUACUUUGAAAACAGGCAGGAACCAAAGUUUCUCUUACAGCUGGCAAAUAGUCUUUAUAACCAUUGCAGACUGUGCUGCUAGGUGGGUUGGAUUUUGCUUUCUGAUACUGCUUUUCUAGAUUAAUAGAAGUUAUGGAAAAUAUUAGGAAAAGAGGGGAGCAAGUGUAACCACUACAAAAUAUUCUCUAUAUGUUUUCUAACCCAUAGUAGUGUCUUUUAUAACACGAGCCGUAAAACUUUUGUAUUUAUGUUCAGAGUAUAAACGGAGAAAAAGUUUAAUAAAAAAUGUGCUAAAAAUUAA